UUUCGUAGAAAAAGUAGAAAAGUAAACGAAUGGAUUGAUAAUACUUUUGUUUAUAAAAGUUAUUUAGUGACUAGUGCUUUCCAUAUUACAUUUCUUUCUAAUUUCAUACAAUUGGUUGAAACAUGGCAAGAACAAAAGCAUCUGCCGGUGCCAAAGUGGCGUCCGGAAAAAGUAGUAAAGCAAGAUGUAGCGUAGCAAUACCCGCUAGCUCGUCAGGAUCUUCAGGUUGCAGUGAGCGGGCGGGACGGAGCGGCGGCGGCGGUGGAGGCAACUCGGUGUGUCCACGGGAGACCCCCAAGUGGCAGAGACCCAUCACCAAUUUCUUCAUAUGCAAAGAACCUGAUCGGGGAUCUGAUAAUGAGGAUGAAGGGGUUGAAGCAACUAGCUCAAAGCCGAAGGCACCAAAACCAAUAGAAGGGUCGGAUGAGGAACAGCAGGCUGAAGAGAAACCGAAGAACAAGGAACUGGACGAGAGUAUUGAACUGGAGCCCUUAACAGGGGAAGACAGCCACAAAAUAGAGGAAUAUUACCCUAAAGGGCCAAAGGGCAAGGGUAAGGGCAAGAAAACGAAGGGCAAAGAGAACGUUGACAGCAAUGUAGAGAGACGAAACUCGGCCAAACGGGAACUGGAAGAGAUCACUUUUGGGGAAGAGUCGGAACAUGCUAGCAAAAGGGUUAAAGUUAAUUGAUAGGAUAGUUACUAUUUGAAAAAUCUGACUGGUUCAGUACAAAAUAUAGUACAUAGAGUUAGACCAAGAAAAGUCUGCAACGAUUUUGAUAGCACACGCAGUGCGAGUGUUAUUUUAAACGUCAAACUUCUAUGAAAUUAUGACGUAUAAAUAACUGCCACUGCGUAUGCUAUCAAAAUCGUUGCAGACUUUUCUUGGUCUAACUCUAUAACCUAGGGACCAUUUUUUAAAUAAAUUAAUAGAUUUAGUACUAAAAUUGUUUUGAAUAAAAAAUCCAAAAAAUUCACGCAACAUGAAUUAUAGCAUAAUUGUGCCAUUCUCAACCAAAAGAGCAUUUCCAUAUAGCUUCAAUUUGGAAUCAACCUUAUCGACAAGCGACAAUGUGGUACCUUUUGGCUGAGAACGUCACAAUUGUUUCUUUUUUUUAUUUCAGUACUAUAAUUAGAUUUUUAGUUACUAUAAUUCUAAGUGUUCGAUUAUUAUAAGAAACUAUUAUUAACUUGCUUACUUUUGUUAAGUUUCACAUAUUGACUGAAAUAUACGAAAUGAAAUGUAUGAACUUCCA